AUGGCUGGACCACUGGGCAGGCAGGCACGCCCUGCUCCUUCCGGCCAGCAGCCUGAACCUCACAGGCACCCACUCUGUGUCCAGUGGUACUGGGGACCUCAAGCAGACACUGCUAUGGAAGCCAACCUGGGAGCCGCAGGCCACGGGCCACGCACAAAGCUCGAGGAUGAGGAAUACUACCCCCAGGGCGGCUGGGACACGGCCUUCCUGGUGGCCCUCGUGCUCCUGGGGCUGCCUGCCAAUGGGCUCAUGGCAUGGCUGGCUGGCUCACAGGCCCGGCAGGGCGCGGGCACGAGGCUUGCCCUUCUUCUGCUCAGCCUGGCCCUCUCUGACUUUCUGUUCCUGGCGGCAGCGGCCUUCCAGAUCCUGGAGAUCCAGCACGGAGGGCACUGGCCACUGGGGACGGCUGCCUGUCGCUUCUACUACUUCCUGUGGGGCGUGUCCUACUCCUCCGGCCUCUUCCUGCUGGCGGCCCUCAGCCUGGACCGCUGCCUGCUGGCGCUGUGUCCUCGCUGGUACCCUGGGUGCCGCCCAGCCCGCCUGCCCCUCUGGGUCUGCGCCGGGGUCUGGGUGCUGGCCACGCUCUUCAGCGUGCCCUGGCUGGUGUUCCCUGAGGCUGCCGUCUGGUGGUACGGCAUGGUCAUCUGCCUGGACUUCUGGGACAGUGAGGAGCUUCCACUGCGGAUGCUGGAGAUUCUUGGGGGCUUCCUGCCUUUCCUCCUGCUGCUUGUCUGCCAUGUGCUCACCCAGGCAGCUGCCUGUAGGACCUGCUGCCACCAGCAACCUAGGCCCACAGCCUGCCAUGGCUUUCCCCGUGUGGCCAAGACCAUAUUGUCAGCCUAUGUGGUCCUGCGGCUGCCCUACCAGCUGGCACAGCUGCUGUACCUGGCCUUCCUGUGGGACAUCUACCCCGGCUACCUGCUCUGGGAAGCCCUGGUCUACUCUGACUAUCUGAUCCUGCUCAACAGCUGCCUCAGCCCCUUCCUCUGCCUCCUGGCCAGCGCCGACCUCCAGGCCCUGCUGCGUGCCAUGCUCUCCUCCUUCGCAGCAGCUCUCUGUGAGGAACAGCCGGGCAGCUACACAGCAGCUGAGCCACAGACCCAAAUGGACUCGGGGGGUCAGACUUUGCCAGGGCUGAUGGCUGAGGCCCAGCCACAGGCAAACCCCAUGGUCCAGUCACAGGUGGACCCCAUGACCCAGCCACAGACAUAUUUUGUGGCGCAGCCACGGAUGCAGUCACAGUUGGAUUCUGUGGCCCUGUCACAAGUGGACCCUGUGACCCAGCCACAGUCAGAUUCUGUGACCCAGCCACAGGUGGAUCCUGUGACCCAGCCACAGUCAGAUUUUGUGGCCCAGCCCCAGAUGCAGCCACAGUUGGAUUCUGUGACUCUGUCACAGGUGGACCCCGUAGCCCAGCCACAGUUAGAGUCUGUGGCCCCACCUCAGCUGAAUGCCACAGCUCAGCCACAGGUGAACCAGGAGACCCAGCCCCAGGUGGACUUUGUGGCCCAGUCACAGGCCAAGCCUGAGGUACAGACCCCUGCCCUCACUGCCAGGUCAGCCCACGGCCCCUGUGAUGAAGCCUCUGCCCCAUCUACAGAUCUCACCCCCGAGGCCCCUGACAACCUGGCUACGCCUGCUGCUUCUGAGGGGAAAAGCCCCUGCAGGGGUUUCUCUGUGGAGGCCCCUGGGGCAGGGGCAGGCUCCACAUGAGGGUCCAGGAAAGCCAAGCCCACAGGGCAGCGGAAGAGCCAGAGGGAGACGGAGGAGCCAGUCGGGCAGGGGGCAGGGGGCUGUGGAGGAAGUCAUCAUGGAGAACCCCAGCCCAGUCCCUUGGGCCUGGCAGGAGGGCUUGGGGGAAGUGAAAAUGAAACGGCCGAAAGUCCCAGAUGGUUUGCUGUGAGCAUUACACCCCCUCCUGAGGCCCACGAAGCCCGUCCAUGCUGCCCCCUUACACAGCGGCCCCGGUGGAUGGUGUCCUGGUCGGCUCUGCCCCCCAACUCCCAGUCCCCACUGACGGCUCCCCCUAGCCACAGUCCUGCAGGAGAAAGGCAGCAGGGGCGACCCCCAGGCUGGGUCAGACCUCCUGAUCACUCCCUUCCUGCGCACCUCCCUGUCCAAGUCCUCCAGCCCAGGAACGCGGAGCCCCAAGGAGGAAAUCCUGCAGAGAAGGGAGGCGUUCAGGAGCUGAGGGGAGCCCAGCGCCCUUGGAGCCCACGAGCUGGCCCGGCCUGGCCAAGCCCUCUCCACCGGCCCUCACCCCACAGUGGGCAGCGGGGCUGGGGCAGGACUUCCCUCAGCAAGACAGCGGGGGCAGAGGCGAGGGCUACCGAGCCUGGACGCAGACUGGCUCUGGGUGACCGUGGACAAGCGGCUUCACCCACUGAGCUUCUGCUUCAUCUGCCGUUGGAGAAUUAGAAGAAAAAGUGUGUUAGAUGCCCAGCAAGAGCCUGGCACGAUGAGGGCUUGACGAACAGCACUCCUCCUUCACGGGCAUCCAGGGAUGUUGCCACAGGGGCUGGAGGCGCCACCUAAGCAUCCGGGACCCUGUGAGCUUCAGGGCAGCCCCACUGUGUCUGUGACCGGUUCCGG